GGGGCCUGUCUGCUCUGUAAGUAUCUGGUAAGUUACCCUCAACUACUGCUUUCCUAGGCUCUUGUUAAGGUAUAAGGUACCUGAAAUUCAGCCCAGACCCGGCGCCUACGCUGACUUGGCAUGCACGUUUGUUUCCAUCCCAGUCUCAUUCCAUUCUGUAUUGAAUUGAAUGUCUUUGCUUUGUGUUUGCCUCCACACAUCUCUGCUUUCUCUACGGGUUCGUGUUGUUGUGUAUGUAUGUAUGUAUGUAUGUAUGUAUGGAGUAUAUAGGUAGACGCGCCUGCCUACCUAAGUUACAUACCUCCAGGCAUCUUUACACAUACACCAUAUCAUGGGAGUGGUCAACCUCAUUCUGGUCCUCAAAUCAAAUCUGCCCCUUAUGUAUAGGAUUAAUGUAGAUUCGCUUUUGUCCCAUUGGUCUCUCGCCUGCUCCCCGGUCCUUCAAGGUGUUUUUAUUAAGGUUGGGUGACGGCGGUUGGAUCUUUGGUCGCCACCCCGAUAUCUCCAACCGAGCUGCUCCCGAAGAUAUUCCCUUUGUUUAUUUUUUUCCUGGAAAACUGUUAACCAACCGACUAUGACUUACCUUACACGGAUAUUGAUUUACUGGAUAUCAGACUACAGCUGUGGCUAUUAUCCAGAUCAUAGCUCAGAGAUACACAUCCAGAUUAUAUCUGACCCCAGAUAUAAUUAAUCCCCAGGAACCUACAGGGCUGCUCAACGCGUUGCCCCUCAAAGUUUGAUACCACCAAGGAACUCCCUAUUUACUUUCCCUUGGGCUCUUUUUGAUCAAUGUAUCAAACCUCCUGCGCUUGUUUAAUGUUCUAUCCCAUUUCUGUUGAAAUAGAAAAAUCGCCGCCCUGGAGGGUGAGGAAAUCACGAGUCUUUUUCGACCCUCUCUAUAUAUCAUAUCGCAUCACACGUCAAUGGGCCUUUUCUUUCCAGUUCUUCAUGUAUAUGUCCCUAUUGAUGCAUACAGAGUGGUUUUGAUAUCACAAUGUAUAUCAUCUUGCAUCAGUUGUUUUCUCUUUGAUAUCCUCCACUCCAUGUUUCUUCUAUCUAGAAAUCGCCCUGUUCACAUCUCUGCCAUUCUGUGAAUCCAAUAUGCUAUGCAAUUUCAUCCUCUUACGGUUUCUCUCUGGCUGAAUGGCGUGGCGAAAAUGCCUAACCUUGCAGUCGAAGCGUGCCUGGUUUGAUAUUGUACUGGUUCCAGCAACUAUCUGUAUUUUAUUGCACCUUUCUGCGUGUGCUUAUAUCACUCACGGUUACUGCUGUGUUUGAUUCAGUUACCUCUCUCAUUUAGAUGCAAAAAUAUAUAUUGAUAGCGCAUCAAAGCCUAUGUCUGGCUUUGAACUCCGGUAUUCCUUUCUAUUUACUCUAAUAGACAAUCCAUAUUGGAAAAGGACACUAUUCUUUGAAACAUAAAGGACACAAAUGUUUUUAUUAUGUCUAAAAAAGAAGAUUGCAUUUCAAAAAUUGUUUGACAUAUCUAUUAUGUUGUUCAUUCUACUUUUCUUCUGAUUGUCUUGGUGGUUAAACAAUCAGUAUAAAUAGAUUCCUGCCAGCUUUCUCCAUGACAACACACUCCUUUCUCCUCAGUCUUCUAUAUCUCCUCUACCUUCACCUUUCACACUCUUCACUACCACAGCAGCUGUUCAAUAUCAUCCCCCAUCCCACAUUCCUUUACCAGAUCCUUAAUUCCCUUCGAAAGGCUGGAAUUCCAUCGCUCAAUCCACUUCCUGUUCUCUUGCUAUGCUAAAAAAUCUCUCCUCUGCGGCAAACUUGUCCUGACUUCAAGUGUUCCCCAACACCUUCAACACUCAGCAUCCUCAUCACUCAUCACUCUCUUAACCUAUACUAUUCUUUCAUUUAUCCCCUAACUUCAUCAAGACUCCAUCAGAGAAAUGGCACGCAUCAUUUUCACUGGUGCAGUCCAGCAGGCCACUGGAACUGAAGUGGCAUCCAGGAUGCCUGCUGUGAGUACUACAACUGCCAUGCAGGCCUCAGUCCAGAAAGAACAGCAACAACAGCAUGCCCAGGGUGUGAAACAGGCUCAGAGCCUGGCCUUGGUCCAAAUCAUGCUUCAUGCAUCUUUUGGCACCUUGUUCUACCUCAGGUAAGAACUCGCCGUUCUCCCUCAAGUCAUCGAUCCUGUGAAAAAUAGUAGACGCGCGUGACGUCGCCGACGGGAGGAAGAAAAUAUAUGUGUCCACUUCCUUUCUCUCUACUCUUCCAUAGCCACUUACUUACUCCCUCGUGAUAUUUUCUUUGCCUCUUCUUUCUAGGGAGUUUUUACCGCUGGACUGCUUCGAUGAGCGCGAUCUCAUGAAGCUUUCGAAACCGAAUUCAUACGUGUCAUACGCGAACUUCGUCGAAGGAGGACCUGUUGCUUCGAAUAAUAAUAUUAAUAGAAAUACCCAUGAGAGACGAGCGCAGCCAUUGAAGAUUAUUGUGCGCGGCAAGAAUCCCAAGGCGGAUAAGUUGCUUGAUCUUCUUGAACAUGGAAAUAUUCGACGCCAUUGAGAAAAACUUUCUGGAAGCUUUGCAGAUGACCAUCUUCGUCGAUAAGACGAAGUCCUCGCACGUGCUGGAAAGUUAUACUUUCACCUUUAAGUAUACACCUGCAGCUACGGGCGGGGGUGGAUGUAAACAAAAGGACGGCGGCGAUGAUGUCGGCAAGCAGUUGGCGAGCGUCUCCCUCGAAUCGACUGGUUGUACGGCGGAUAUGAAAACUGUCAAGACGGCACGACAUGGUUUGGAGAUGAUUGUUCGCCGCUUGAUUACGCUGAGCGCGUUUUUGCCUAUGCUGCCGAAUGAACGGUACAUGGAGUUACAUCUCUUUUACACUGACGGUUCUCCUCCCGGGUACGAACCGCCUGGAUUUAAGGCAGCAGAGCAUAACGAUCUAUUAUUUGCGCAGAAUGAGAUGUGGUCCAGGGAAACACAAUCGUGUGGUGCUAUGGAGACGGGGAUCCACAGUGUUGGGCUGAAGAUUAGUUCUUUGAAAUGGUCUGGGACGGACUACCCGAGCUCGGAAUAUGUGCCAGAAAUCCCAGCGGAUAUUGGGUAUAGCAAUAGAGUUCGCCGUGAUGAAGACAUUGGUAUUAGCGAGAUGGAUGUUGCUGUUCAGGACCUUGGAUUGUCGACUCAGGGGAGUAGCCAGGUUUCGACCCAGACCCGCCAAGAUGAAGCUUUUAAGAAAGAUCUACAGAAGAUGAUUCCGCCCGUAACUUCAACCCCUGACAGCGAUUUUAUUCCGACUCAGAGGAAUCCCGACUGCCUCCAAAUUGCAACAGCAAAGCCACAGCUUUCCCAAGUCAAGCUGUCCCAGCUAGGAGCGCGGAACCAGAUGUUCUCCGGUGAAACUUCACUUCAUUACGAUCAGAACAAGGGACACUCUGGUCAUAUCAACCCUGACGUGGUCCGUUGCGAGUGUGGAUCGAAUUCAGAGAAUCGCGACAUGCUCCAAUGCGCUUUCUGCAAAACUCGGCAGCAUUUGACCUGCUAUGGAUUCAUCCAUGCACAGGAUCCAGCCAUCCCAGAGACUCAUGCGUGUUACAAAUGUCUUCUUGAACCGCAAGAAAGGCAUCUUGUGCAGGAUAUGCGGACGCUGGUUCUGUUGCGUCGGGCUCUUCGGGUCAUUAUUGAAGAGGGUUACCCGAAUCGAGUUCGGGAUUUUGCUCAGAAGUUGAAUUGCAAUGGCCAGACAAUUGUCCAGAUUACGGAUAUGUUGAGGAAGCAGGGAUUUCUGCUCGCCACCCCUGGAUCUAAGUCGAAAGGGUUCCUAGAGAAGGGGCUUCCGAAGUUCACGCUCUCCACAGAAACUGCUGUUAAGCAGAGGCUUCGGAACGAGAUCUUUAACCCGCUCGCGAAAAUAACUCACCAUGUAUGUUUAUUCUUCUCCUGUGGCUGCGGUACAGUUGACUGGCAAGUGGCACACUAAUUUCUAUAUCGUCAUUGUGUUUGUUAGUAUAACCUGCCAGAUAAUCAAAAUAGGCGCGUGGGCCAGCGUGCCCGUAGCGUCGAACUCUCAUCGGGUGUUUCCAGUGAUGUUUUAUCUAUCGAAGAGAUUCCCCCUGGCAGUCCCGGUUACGAAGAACGUCGCCGCAAAAGCAAGAUUGGCGGAACAACCAAUGCAACCGGCAAGGUCCCUACUCCAGAAGUGAAUGAGAUCCGGAGUGCAUGGAAGGCGCUCGGAUCGAGCUUGGAUUCAGUAAAGCCGGUGCAGCCCAGCGGAGAUUCUCAGACCGAGACUCAAACUCAAACCCAAACGCAGGCGCAGGCGCAGAAACGGAAGCCAAACCGCAGUAUCAUGGGUGAUGAAUCAGGGUUUGGGUUUGGAUCGGCUAGCGACCGCGGGGACAGACAUGCGUGGCAGGGUUUCACCAGGAGACAGAAGCAGACCCGUACGGCUGAGUGGGUGGAUGACUUUGACGAUGAUGACGAUGACGGCGAGGGAAUCAUGGCGAGCGGCUCGGAUGGGGAGAAUGGUACUGCUACUAAUCGUCGGAAGAGGGUGCGGUUGAGUAAGCUUGGGAGCCCGAUUAGUAUCUUUGAGCCUAGUAGUGAGAGUGGGAUGGGGAGUGGGAGUGAAGGUGACGGUGGGAGUGGAAGUAGGAGUGCUAGUGGAAGUGUUUGAAGGGGUUAGCAGGAGGUUCGGAUAUCGUUAUGGCGCAAAUGUUAUCUGGGCGGGUCGGGGUGUUAAGGGCUAAGGAGUUGUUUGCUCUCUUGUGGAGAGUAAUGACCUAUAUUGACUGCAGAGAGCUGAUGGGUGAGAUACAUAUAACGCAUCCCCCUAUUGCUAUUGCUGAUUUUAUGACGCAGCAUUUCACCUUUGCUCUUUGUUUUAUAUCUGUCUCCCCCAUCCGCCCCAUCCGCCCCCUUUCUUCUUUUCUUUUCUUUUUAUUUUCUACUAUACUUCUCCCCCAGGUUUGUUGCAUGUUUUAUUAGUUACCUAUCGCCAACCCUUUGAUUCCCCGAUCUCCCCGAUCUACAUACAUAUGCAACGGGGUCCUCUCUACCCUAGGCAAGAACCAAAUGUCCCGAGCAAAUCUCAACAGUAUCUGUUUGCGUUUGCGUUUGCGUUUGCGUUUGUGUAUAUUCAUUUCCCCCUUCCACCUCCGGCGCAUGCGUUUGCUCUUGAUUAAAUCGCCACAUUCCUCACCGCCCGCUCGGUUUCGAUAAACACUAAUUGUCUUGCCUCCGCUUUUAAUCACUACGGAACCCGUAAAUGCUGAAUCCUUGUGUGUCUGGUGGUUGCAUUGGAUUGCGCAUAAGUAACUGUGUAUGGGUUUUCUUGUGUUUGCUGAAUGAUUUAUGGCAUGUGAAAAGGAAAAAGUAAAAAGGAAAAAGGAAUGGAUGGAAUCAUAUUGCUGUGUAUGUUAUGUGCUAUUGAUAUAUUUCCCGUUUGUUUUGUCCUUGUUCCGCUCCGCUGCUUUCCCCCACGCCCCCCCUGGGCCCCUUUUUAUCAUUCUAUAAAUAUAAAUACCCAGGUCCAUGUACAUGUACAUGUACAUGUACACCAGUGCAAAAGCGCUCGAAUUAGUCCCCAGGAGCCCACUCACCACCGGCCAGCCCAAAUAGAAAGCAUAUAUAUAUGUAUAUAUAUAUCGUUAUCGUUAUCGUGAGAUUGAUAGCUGGCAAAAGCGCGGGGCAAGAAGUCGCGGCUGAUGAGGGUGGGUUGCAGAAGAGUGUCGUACUCGGCGCGGGGCGGGAGUUCAUAGGGGGUUGGGUUAAUAUGAAUAACUUUAUAUACGGAGGACACAGGGGUUCCCUUUGUACAGUACAUCUACAUCUACAUCUACAUCUACACAGUCUUUGGCUGGUUGGCAGGUUGUCUGGGAUGGUCCUAGUUAUAUAUUUGACACCUGCCUUAUAUAUAACUAUCAGUUUUCCCCGCUCUAAAUCCAUUCUCCCGCGAAGAAUUGCUUAUUGUACUGUAUAAACCGUUCUGACUUCCACCGCAGAUGGAUGGAUGGAUGUAUGUAUGUAUGUAACUUCGGCUCGCGAUGGUUGUGAUUGAAAUAUAAAAUAGAGAUCAGCCGGCUGCGAGCUGAUGAGUUAUGAGGAGGGAGCCGGAUGGGAUGGAAUUGAGCAUGAGCUCACAAUCAACUAUUAAUUAUCAUCGAUGAUUUUGUGGAUAGUCUGUAGAUCUACCUACUCUACAGAGUUCGCAGUAGGAGUAAUCAUAAAGUUCGUGUCAUGGUUGCUGGGAUGGGAUCAUCAUCAGAGAGCUUCAAGCUUCAAGCUUCAAAGCUCAGGGGGUCACUUUACUGUGCUGUUGUCAGCUAAGUUA